AAAACCUAAAUAUUAAGCAUGCGAUCCUUAAAAAUUGCACUUUUACCGCACGAUGUAUUUCGAAAUUCGAAAGCUUUGGCGCGCCGUCGAUACGCCAGGUUGUUUCAACUCUGUCGAUAACGAUUACUCAAGCGAUAACGUGGCUGCACUAAUCAGCAUUAUCACAUGCAAAUUAAGGUCAUCCAAAUGAAAAAUGACCACCAAUCAAAGGCUUUGCACCCCUUUGGCGUCCCCCUUUUCCUAAAUAUCAAAUUUGUGCGUUUGGUUUAUCGCCUUUUUUGGUGUUCCGGUCUUUGACAACCCUGGCGCGGCUGCAUAAGUGUAUUUGUGUCAUUUUGUUGGCCAAACGUCGUUGCUUUGAGAUUAAUAAGCCGCAAAAACUCGAUUAAUUCAAGCGCUCGACCUAAUACCUUCGUUUUGUGAGAUGUGAUUUCGAGCUUUGGGUACUGCCAUGAAACACAAUAGGCCGACUCGCCCCCCGGAGUCGCCCCCAACCCCACCCACACGGUGACAGGGUUGCCACAUCUACGAUAAAUCACACACCAGUCGUUUAAUUCGCAAUAUGUGAUUUUUUCGGGUGACAAUUUUAAUGAAGUUUAUUAAAAAUAUUAAAAAUGUAGUCGUUUUUCUUACCUAUUUGGAAAUUUGGACAUCUGGUAACCCUAUGUCGUGCAGCUAUUUUGUGUGUGUGUGCAUAUCCGUGUGUGGGAGUGUGCGUUUGUUUGCGCUCUUAUUCAAAUAGAAAUUAAAUGUUUUGCACUCCAAUUCACGUCAAUUUACUGCUCCUCUGUUGAUCUUUGUUGUUGUUUAUCAAGCCCAAAUGUCAGCUGUUUCACGCAACAUGUACCAUAAAAGCGGAACAGCGAAACGAAGAAAAAGAGCAAAUCGAUCAAGACCAGGACAACAAGAAAUGCAAGAGAAUCAGCAGAAACAACAACAAUCAAUGGAAGAGAGCUGCUAACAACGUAAACAAAAAUUAAGCACACACAAAGAGAGAUAGCAACAACAACAAUAUUAAUAUUAAGAAGAAAGAGAGAAAAAGAAAGAGAAGGAGAAAGUGCAACAUAGCUCAGUAAAAAUAGAGAAGGACAGGAAAAAAAGAUAAGCGGUAUCAGAUAAAAUUGAAAGCUGCUCGGGAAAGAAGGUGUAUAGAACGGAGGAUCAAUCAUCGCCAUGACAAUCAUACUCUUCCUAGUGGACACCUCGUCGUCCAUGUGCCAGAAGGCGUAUGUGAAUGGGGUGCAGAAGACGUAUUUGGACAUUGCCAAGGGCGCCGUGGAGACGUUCUUAAAGUAUCGCCAGCGGACGCAGGACUGCCUGGGUGAUCGCUACAUGCUACUCACGUUUGAGGAGCCGCCAGCGAAUGUGAAGGCUGGGUGGAAGGAGAAUCAUGCAACCUUCAUGAAUGAACUGAAGAACCUGCAAAGCCACGGCCUCACCUCCAUGGGUGAAUCACUACGAAAUGCCUUUGAUCUGUUGAAUCUGAACAGGAUGCAGUCGGGUAUCGAUACGUACGGACAGGGUCGUUGUCCUUUUUACCUGGAACCAUCAGUCAUCAUUGUAAUUACGGACGGCGGUAGGUAUUCGUAUCGGAACGGUGUCCACCAGGAGAUCAUACUGCCGCUUAGCAACCAAAUACCGGGCACAAAAUUCACCAAGGAGCCCUUUCGCUGGGAUCAGCGUUUAUUUUCACUGGUCCUUCGAAUGCCGGGAAAUAAGAUUGACGAGCGAGUGGAUGGCAAGGUGCCACACGACGAUUCACCCAUCGAGCGUAUGUGUGAAGUGACAGGUGGGCGUUCGUAUCGGGUAAGAAGUCACUACGUUCUCAACCAGUGCAUCGAAAGUCUUGUCCAAAAGGUUCAACCGGGUGUCGUGCUGCAGUUUGAGCCAUUGCUUCCAAAGGAGGCAGGUGCUAAUACCGCUUCCGGAGGCGGAUCGACGGGUACGGGAUCGAUUUCGGGAUCGGGAAUAUCGUCUGGUGCGGAUCCUCCACCCGAUAUUGUCUUCCAACCAGUAAAGAAGAUGAUCUACGUACAGAAGCACAUUACGCAGAAGACCUUCCCCAUCGGCUAUUGGCCAUUGCCGGAGCCCUAUUGGCCGGACUCCAAGGCGAUCACGUUGCCGCCUCGUGACGCACAUCCCAAGCUAAAGAUCCUGACGCCAGCGGUGGAUGAGCCGCAGUUGGUGCGCAGCUUCCCCGUGGACAAGUAUGAGAUUGAAGGCUGUCCGUUGACUCUGCAGAUUCUGAACAAGCGAGAGAUGAAUAAGUGCUGGCAGGUAAUUGUCACAUAUGGAAUGCAUGGAUUCGAGUUGCCCUUUGGUUAUCUGAAAGCGGCACCCAACUUCUCGCAAGUCCACCUUUACGUUUUGGCCUACAAUUAUCCAGCGUUGUUGCCCAUCCUGCAUGACCUCAUCCACAAGUACAAUAUGAGUCCGCCAACCGAUCUGAUGUACAAAUUCAAUGCAUAUGUCCGCUCGAUACCGCCGUAUUACUGCCCGUUUUUGCGCAAGGCGCUGGUCAACAUCAAUGUGCCCUAUCAGCUGUUGCAGUUCCUACUGCCGGAGAAUGUAGAUAACUAUCUGUCACCGACGAUCGCCAAUCAGCUGAAGCAUAUUAAGAAUACGGCAAAGCAGGAUCAGGAGAAUCUCUGCCUGAAGGUUUAUAAGCAGCUGAAACAACCUAAGCCACCGUAUCGCCAAGUUGAGACGGCCAAACUUUGCACGGGUGCUGCAUUGCGAAGAGAUUUAGUGCGGCAUCCACUACUGCGGGAUACAUUUGCUAAGUUGCAUGCGGAAAUCGAGACGGUGGAGAACUAUACGAUAGUAGUGCCACAGCUGACACAUCAAUCGUCCGCAAAGACGUAUCGUAAUCCCUUUGAUAUACCACGGCGGGAUUUGGUGGAGGAGAUAGCUAGGAUGCGCGAGACGUUCAUGCGACCUGCCUCGCUCGUAGCAAAGGACUCGGGCCACUGCCUGCCUAUCGCCGAGAUGGGCAACUACCAGGAGUACCUCAAGAACAAGGAUAAUCCGCUGCGUGAAAUUGAACCGACGAAUGUGCGGCAGCACAUGUUUGGCAAUCCGUACAAGAAGGACAAGCACAUGGUGAUGGUUGACGAGGCGGAUCUAAGCGAUGUGGCGCCAAUGAAGUCGCCAAAUGGCAAUGGACCUGGUGGAGCACCGCCGGGAUCACCCUCUGGAUCGGGUUCGCCAACGGGAUCGGGGCCAUCGUCGCCAGGAUCACCGGUAGGUGGUGGUUCGGGACCUGGCAUGUCUGGAAUGGGCGGCGGAAUGUCCGGAUUAAUGCUUGGAGCCAGUGGCAGUGGUGGAUCAUCCAAGAAACUUGAUGGUACGUCUCGAGGGCGAAAAAGAAAAGCUGGUCCGCUGCCACGUGCCUUCGAAUUUCGUCGUAUGUCCACGGAUUCGCGAUCGUCCUGCUCCAGCUCCGUUUCUUCUACAUCGGGUAGUGCGCCAGGUUCCCCAAUACCAGGGGCCACGUCAUCUAUAGCUGGCUGCGAUUCCUCCGUCGGAAUCGAUGGCAAUCCCAGUUCCAGUUGUUUUGACGAGGACAGCAAUAGCAACAGUAGCUUCGUCAGCUCCACAUCGGAGGCUUCGACGAGUGAUUCCGGUAUGUCCAUGUCUCAUACGGAUCGCUUGGGCAUUAGUUUCGAUUUCAACGAGGAGGAGACCAGUGACCAGGACACACCGCUUAAUGGCUAUGUACACAACUUUAUCAAUGGCAUCAGCGAUGAUGCGACGUCGGUGGAAACAGAAGCUGUACCAGGUGGGGUUUCCCAGACAGGUACAUCUUCGGCUAAUGAACCGUCAGCUGGAGCAUCACCAGCUGUUAUACCAACACCAACAGCAUCUGUGAUCCAGGCCAGCAAUGGCAGCGAAAUUUGCUCGGCUGCAAUAGCCGGCACCAGUAGUUCCAUUAGUUCCAGCGCCAGUUCAUCGGGCGUUCUAUAUGUGCCCCUAAACGGGUUAACCACACAUGCAGCCUACAGCAGCAAUCUGGGUGGUUUGACCUCGCCGUUGGACAACCUUAGUUCCCUGGGAGCCGGAGGAACGGGAUUAAUGAGUUUGAACAAGCCCGGAUCGCUGCCCUUAGUCAAUGGUUAUGGACAUGGGCACAGUUCAGUCAUCUCUCCACCCUCGCCCUUGUCUUUGGUGCCUCCUACGCCACUGGGAACAAAUAUGCCCGCUGCGAGCUCUUCAGGCUUAUCGUCGAGCUCUGCCUAUUUUAGCCACAAUGACAUCAAUGAUGCCUCGGAGAUCUCGCGGAUACUGCAAACCUGCCACAAUGGAACCAGCAGUAGCUCAUCUGGUGGAGCAGGAGCAAUAAAUAGUAAUUUAAAUGGCAAUGGCAGCACGGAAAGUGGAGGUGCCUCGUCCGAUGACCAAACCACGCUGGGUGACAAUAGUUUUGAUGUCCUAAAACGAGCAGCUGGACUUGUAGGCGGCACUGCAGCGGGUAAUCCUCACUAUUACUGGGCAAGUGGUCUCAACCAUCACAAUAACAACAAUGCUAGUACCGGGGGAACAGCAGGCACAGGUUCGGUGAUAAGCAAUAAUCACAAUAAUAGAGGUCAAAAUAAUAGUAGUCCUUGCAAACUGGAGACAAAGAGCAACUCUAGCUGCGGCUCCUCACCGACGCACAACAAUAACGGGGGGAUGGGUUCACCGGGAGGACAAUCACUGCCCCUCACCCUCAGCGAUGAGCAACGCGAAGCGGCCCGACAGCACAAUAUUGAACUGCGGCUUCAGAUCUUCCGGGAUAUUCGGCGACCCGGUCGCGAUUAUAGCCAGUUGUUGGAGCACAUGAAUCUGGUCAAGGGCGACCACGAUAUGCAGUCGGAUUUUGUGGAGAUGUGCAUUGUGGAAUCGUUGCGCUUCCGUCGUCACCGCAUGGUGUCCAGCAUUCAGGAGUGGUGGGAUCGCAAACAGCAGCCAACUGUAGCGGCGAGUGGAGCCACUGGGGCAACUGCAGUUGCGGAGCAGGCCGUCGCCAAGAGUUAACGAUGGCUCAUGUGGCACCACUGAACCCGCGGGGUCAUCCAAUCCAUCUGUCUGUGAUGUCAUCGAAAUCGAAGUAUAAGUUGAAGUCGAAGGGCAGCCAAGAAUUCUCGUCAAUUUCCAUCUAAUGUAAAUAGAAUGCCAGGACAGCCUUCCCACUGGAUCUGGAUCGGGAUCAAUGCCGGGUGAUAUAGCCACUAUAUCGCAUACCAAACAACCAACAAUAGGUAUAACAUCAACAACAAGAACAACAACAAAAGCAGCAACAAUUCUAAAGCAGAGAUAACACCACAUUUUUGGCGGUGAUUUCUUAGUAUUUAAGAUCUUUAGGAGUUUUUUGUAGGGCACUGGGAUUUAAAUCCAUUCGCCAGCAGGCAGGAUAUAUGUAAUUAUUCUAUAUAUAAGCUAUAUAAACUUAAGAUAAAAGUUAGUUAACGACUAAAACAACAAAAAGUUAAGGAAAAAAACGAAAAGAUUUUGUAGCAGCCGUUUCAGUUGUACUUUUUUUUUAUACUAGUAAUAUAUAUAGAUAUAUUUUUCUCUUGUACGUUUAAGAAGAACUUAGGAAUUAUUUUAAUUAGACUUUUAUCAGUUUAAGUGUAUAUUGUAUGUGUAUAAACAAAAAAAACGGAAAGUUUAGGAAAAGCUUGAGCUAAAUGAGCCUCACACGUUUUAGCCAAUUUUUGUUGGACCUGUCUUAAGAACAAUAUCUCUUUGAUUUUAGCCAAAAGGAAUAGAGAAAGUAAAAAAUGAAAACCUUAAAAACACACACACAUAUAUAGUAUAAAUACAAUAUUUAUUACCUAAAUCGGGUCAGCGUUUCAUUAUCUAAAAUAAUCGUAUUAAUAUGUAUAUUUUGGUUUCCAUCAAUCCUGCAAUAUCUUUUUUUGCUCUUAUGUAAUUGUAUAUUUUUUAAAGAAUAUUUAUACAAAUUGUAAUGCGAGCAUAGCCUACAGAAAAAAAACACAACAAUUAUUUGAAAGGCGUACAAAACGCAACACAAGCAAAAAGAUCGUACCAUUUGUUAUAUAUUAUAUAUAAAAACAAGAAAUAAGUAAUACAUUUUUGCACUAUUUUUUUACGUGUUUGUAUGCAUGGCCUGUGAGUAAUAGAUUAAUAACAAUAUGAAUUAAGAGGAAACGUUUACUAGUAGUUAGGCGGUGGGCAGUGAUUUUAGGACUGCUUCAGGAUUAAAUAAUUAUGUACAAUUUACCGUCAGCGUAUCUAACAAAUUUCAUAAGACAUCAACAAAAGAAACAACAAAACGGCAGUUAAAACAAACCGAUACGAAAUCAAACGAAAAUAAAAUGAGGAGCAUUGCAUUCAAA